CUUCCUCUUCUUCCUCUUCUUCUCCUUUUCCCAUUUGCUUACUCUGUUUUUGAGUUUUUCUCCUUCUGUUGUUCUGUUUCUUGUUUUUCUCCUCUUUUUUAGCCCUUUUGAUUUCUAGGUUCUUAGUCUUUGUGGCUAAAAUCCAUUAAAGAUCCAAUCUUUUUUCACCAAUUCUGCUCCUUUUAACCUCUGAUUUCUGGGUUUUUGCUGAAACCCAUUAUAGAUCCAACCUUUCCUGUUCUGGGUUUUUAAUAUUUCUUGUUGAAACCCAUUAAAGAUCUAACCUUUUCUGUUCUGGGUUUUCAAUCUUUGUGGCUAAAAUCCAUUAAAGAUCCAAUCUUUUCUCCAUUUUCUGCUCCUUUUAAGCUCUGUUUUCUGUGUUUUUACUCUUUCUUGCUGAAACCCAUUAAAGAUCUGUGAAAAAGAAAAAAGCUAAUGCUAAAUAGAAAUAUUUAUUGAUGUACCAGAUUCAUGUCUCCAGUUCUUAGUGAAAUCCUUCGUUCUGGUUAUAUAAUCAGUUCAUCACUUAGACGCAGAACUCAUCUUGUUCAAUCUUUCUCUGUUUCUUUCCUCUACUGGUUUUAUACUUUCUCAGAAUAAUAAUAAUAAUAAUCUUCAUCCAUAGUUUUUCAAAUUUUGCUAGUAUACCUUAAAACUUAAAAUUAGUACUUUCUCACCUUGUGUACAUAAAAAAUGGCUACUUCUAGUGGUAAUUCAUCUCAGAUUCCGAACAAUUCAGGUUGUGAUGAAGUUUUAAUGGUGGUUGAUGAAAGGAAAAGAAAGAGAAUGCAAUCGAAUCGCGAAUCAGCAAGAAGAUCAAGAAUGAGAAAACAGAAACAUUUGGAUGAUUUGAUGUGUCAAGUUACACAAUUGAAGAAAGAAAACAGCAACAUACUGAGCAGCAUCAAUAUGACAACACAACAAUAUGGUAAUGUUGAAGCAGAGAACUCUGUUUUAAGAGCACAAAUGAUGGAAUUAACUCAAAGGUUGCAAUCUCUUAAUGAAAUCCUCACUUACAUCAAUAAUUCGAAUAAUAAUAUUAAUAAUAAUAAUAAUUAUCAAGAGGAUUUUCAGAUUAAUCCAUGGAAUUUGAUGUAUGUUAAUCAGCCAAUUAUGGCUUCUGCUGAUAUGUUAUAUCAGUAUUAAUGUUUAAUUAAGGGUUGUUGUUGGGAUUAUGAGUGGAAGGGUUAUUUUAUUAGUAGUUUUAUUUAUUUAAGAAGUAUUAUUAGUAGUAAGAUUUGAGUAUUAGAAUGAGUUUAAUGUGAAAUUUGAGCAGUCAAAAGAGGAUUAGCUGACUGCUAUUAGGGCAUGUAAAAAAAAAAUGGGAUCAUGUGAUGAUGAUAUAUUGGAAUGAAUGGUUGUGAUUGCAUUGUGUUUUUUUUCUAUUUAUUAUUUUUAAUAAAUGCAAGUUGUUUCUAUGUACUACAAUUAAUA